AUGACAGCCGUCCUUGCGACGGCUGAUAGCUUCCAUCCUGCCUUUCCUGACCGGUCCGUUCCAAACAUAGCCUACGGAUCCUCAUCAUUCUCCCAGUUAUGCGCUCAACACGUCUCAAGGACCCUCGGAUGCCGCCGCGCCUACAUCAUCGCCUCGACAUCCCUGGCCAAGAACACUCCCCAUCUCACCAACCUCGUUUCCACUCUCGAGCAAUCCGGAAUCACCGUAGUGCGCGCCCGCACGGGCUUCUCACCUCACACGAAAUGGGACCAAGUCAUUGCAUGCAGUGCGGACGCCCGGCCACUGCGACCAGACUGCAUCAUCACCCUAGGCGGCGGCUCACUGACCGACGCCGCCAAAGUGAUCUGCUGGAUGCUCGCCCAACCAUCCUCCAUCGACUCAAUCUCCGGCCUCGAGACUAUGUCCGAACACGGCUACCCUGAGACCUUCAACCACAACCUCAACCCACCCACGGUAAAGCACGUCGCCAUCCCCACAACCCUGUCCGGCGGAGAAUACCAAUCCAUAUCAGGCAUGACCCGCACCGACAUCACCAACGGAGAGAGCGUCCAACGAAAAGUCCUCUUCUCCCCACCCGAAGCAAAUCCUACCCUAGUCAUCCUCUCCCCAUCCCUCACCCUCACCACACCCCUACACACAUGGCUCUCUACCGGCGUCCGCGCUUUAGACCACUGCGUCGAGACGCUCUGCUCGCUGCUCUCGAACCCCAAGGGCGAUGCUUCGGCCGUUGAAGGCCUCAAGCUCCUCAUUCCAGGACUCCUGGGCACGCGAGCCGAUCCGGAGGGUCCAGAGGCGAGAUUUCAGUGUAUGCUAGGGGUUAUACAGGCUAUGAGUGCUGUCGGUACUGGUGUGCCCAUGGGCGCGAGCCACGCUAUUGGCCACCAAUUGGGUCCAUUGGGCGUGGGCCACGGCGAGACGAGUUGCGUGUUGCUUCCGAGUGUGUGUAAGUGGAAUCAUAAGGUGGGCGCGAAUGUUGAGCGGCAAGAGAGGGCGAGGGAGUUGCUUUUGAAGAUCGACGCCGUCGUUGAUGUGCUGACGAAGGCAGAUGGGAAGGGGAAAGAGCGGGAUCUUGGAGAUAUACUCGACAUUGUGAUCCGAGCGCUGGGAAUGCCGAGGUCUUUGAGAGAUGUUGGUGUUGGGAGGGAGCAGUUGGAUAUGCUCGCGAGGAAUAGUCUGAAAGAUCAUUGGAUCAUGACGAAUCCGAAGCCGAUUGAUCAGAAGGAAUGGGUUAUGGAGAUUCUGGAGAUGGCUUUUUGA